AUGGACACACACACUCAGAUACUCUUUAACUCCCCCGCACUGCACUCGCUCAAACGAGACCAACUCCUGAAACUCUGCAAGACCCAUGGUGUCAAGGCAUCCGGAAAGAACGUCGAGAUCAUCGAGCGGCUGCGGCAACACGGCCUCCAGCUCCAGAAAGGCGCCUCUAGUACCUCGACAGCCGUUCCGGACUCGAACGCUGCCUCGACUAGCGAGGCCUCCGCCUCUCCCCCCUCACGCGCGUCUUCGGAACCAGAAAGUGAUAAUUUCCAUCUCAACGUCAACCCAAGCUACGGCAUGCCGCGGCCCUCGGAGCAAUGGGAGAUCGUGAUGGAUACCAUCGAAGAGUUGGACGAAGCCUCGCAGGGAACGCUGAACUCCCAUAAAUCCCUGAACCGCCUGGGUGCAGGCGCUUCUGGCGAGUUCGGAAUAGCGGGGAGCACGGGGUCUAAAUCUUCCUCUUCCGUUUCUUCCUCAAUCAAAGCACUUGCCACCUCUUUAGGCCUCAAACGAGGGGCAUCCACCAAAUCAACAGGUAGCACUGGCAUCUUUCCAUCUGUCCCACCUUCUACAGCGUCUUCGCCAUCGAAGACGUAUGCCAUACCUUCGGCCUCGAAUGGGCCUUCUGGUGAACUCACUCUUACCUCUGUACCAUAUACAAGCACUUCCGCGGCCGGUCCUCCUGUCACUGAUCACUUUGUUUGGGGUGAUGAUGGCGCUCGUCGUGAAUCGCUGAACGCACCGUUGCCCGGAACGGUGCAUCGCCCAGGCGCUCCCGCUCCAUCAGGAAACGUUCGUCUAAGCAUGGGUACCAGCGGCCAGGCCGGCAGCACAACUGUGCGCCUGGUCAGCCUCACUUCAUCCAGUAGCGAAACCACCGACAACACCAGCGCGGCCCCUAGUGCGGCCAAUGGUUUGAGCAUCUGGGACAGCCCGCCCAAGCUUCCGGCCUUCCAGACAACUUUCGACCUUAUAAUGGGCACGCCAGGUGGCAUUCCCAGCGCGUGGCCGCAAGCUGCAUGGCCGACUUCCCCCACUCCCGCGAAGAACCUUUAUCCCGCUCUCCCGUCGGACCCUCAGCCAAUGGCUAACGUUCAGGCCGAAGCCGACGUAGAUAUGGGUAUGCCGGGUGGCUUCGAAGGCUCUGCGUCUCCUCUCACGGCACUGCAUAUAUCUUCUCCUCAGUCCGCGACCACCGCCAACGCAACGGCAUACACCGUGGACGGCACGGCCCAUACGCGUACGAGCGUAAUGGAUUUGUUCCCUCCACCGCCUUCUGCGUCGGAUACCGCUGCACCUAGGACACCUUCGCAAUCCCAACCGUUUGUGUUCGGUUCCCCUGCUCCUGAACACAAUGUUUCGAACCAGCAAUUCGCUCAGGCAGCCAACAUCGUUCUUGCUGAGAUGAACGCUCGUCUGGGGCUGACCGGGAAUGCCGCCGUGACGACCGAUAUUCUGAAUGUGAAGAAGUUCGAAGGUUCAGCACUACAGGCGGGACCGAAAACCAGCCGGGACAAGUUCGGCUACGAUAAGGCUCAUCAAGAAGUGUUCGAAAAGAUGGAGGGCAUCGCUGAGUACACCCAGAGGCGCGCAAAUGCAGGCGCCCGGGUCGGUAUCAAGAGAAAGAGCGAUGUUCUCGGUCCCAAUCGUGGACCCGCGGGCCGUCGCUCCAGUACAGCGCGAGUCAUCAGCAACGGCACGCGCAAGAAGAUGCUUCCGGGUUCUUUCGGCGACGACAUGGACGAUGACGAACCACAGGAUGAGAAUAGGAGGAUGAGCAAGAGGGCGCGGGUUAGCUUGGAUCAGGUGACACGGCAGGGCACAGAGCCUUGUGCACCGGCUCAAGAUGACCAGGCAGACCCUGAGGAUGAACUCCGGCGCCAGAAGGAGAGAGAGGCUAUUCGCAGGAAACUUGAGCUCAACAGGGCAAGGAGGCGAAGCAGCCGCGGCAUGCCUGUACCCAGAACGAGCAUAGGACGCGUGGGUCAACCGCCACCUGUGACCAAAGGUCGCUUUGGUUUCUUGGGGGCAGCGAAAUCAUUCGUAGGAAAGGUUUGGGGCACGAAGGCUUCUACAGACAACAGCGCUGCUCAGAAGAAGGCACAACUCCCAUCGAACGCGAAGACGGUCAACCAACCUGCCACUGCACCCGCGGCCGAACAGAGGAAGAAGCUCUUCAAACCAGCGCCAAGCACAAAGAUAGGACCCGCACCGUCAACCGACGGAAGUGUCAGGAGUUCCCGAUCGUCUAUGGCCUCCCGCCCAUCCACUGCACCUAGCGCUAGGCGAAGUAUCGUAGGAGCUGCUCGUCAAAGCUCUGCGGGAACUGCAGGAUCUCGCGUUCCUGGUUCAACCGGAACGAUGACGUCUGUAAAGGCUGCCUUCCGGACGUCCGUCGCUGGAGUGAACUCUCUCGGGGCCCGCAAUAGCUCGGCGGGGAACCAGCUCACUUCCCGACCGUCGUCACUGGGCGCAAGGAGCGCUCUGACGCGAACUGAUUCCCCGAAGAUUGGAUCAAGUUGCACCUCCAAUCGAGUUAGUGAAGUUGCCAGCCCGAACGGAGCGGAGAUUAAGAGGGUCUCGCGAUUACUUGCACCAACUGCAAGCUCACUGGCGAAAAUGCAAAGCGCAGUUCGACCGUCGACUCACGCCUCGGCAUCUGGAUCAACCUCCAGACUCACCGGCACAAAGCAAGCCUUGGAACCCAUCACGAACGCGGCGGAGCCUCGUCCCCCUGGAGUAAUCUUCAGCAAGCCCAUCUCGAUGUCCGCUGCGGCUUUGACCAGUCCGACAACGAAAAUUCCAUCGCCGGUCGGCAAGUCCCUCGCGCAUCGUGCUGAAGACGCCGGUGUUUCCAACGGUUCCGAGAACCUUGGGCCCUCAUUGGUUCGAAGCCCGCAACCUCGUGCAGCCGGCCCUAUACGUAAACCACGCAUUUCGCGCUCGAAGGUAAUCGCGAAGCUGGGUGCUCAACGAUCUACCAACCCACCAGGACCUUCUACGCGCCCCUCUGGAGGCAAGUCGUCGGGCACCAGAACCCGUUCGAGUAUGGGUGCGGCUGUGGCCGAUAGGAAAUCUCUGGGCGGCGCUGGGCGGGUCUCUGCAUCAGGCGCCGACAACGGGGUUGCUCUGAGCGCGAAGAAAAAGGCGAGGCAAAGCGAAUACGCUCGCAGACGAAGUCAAGCUGCUCCUCGCGCCACCAUUGACGCAACCUCCACAGAGAUGGCUAUCGACGGCUAACAUUCCGUUCGUCGCCGUCCGUGGAUGCUGAUAUAUGUAUUGAUAACGGACGAAUUUCUUGAAGCUUCAUCUGUCUUCCACUUUUUUUGCAUGCGAUCUUCG